UAUGCAGAGAGAGUGGAUUCUGGAACUAGUGCAGCAGUAGUUACACUAGUUAGUCCGCUUGAACUAGUGCAGUUUAAUCAUGGCCAAAAGUGACAGCAGCGCGUAUUUCAGGAGAUCGAGUCUGUUCUGGAUAGUAACUGUGACUCUUUCUCUGGGAUUUUACACGUGGACAGUUUUUUGGCCGCAGGAUGUUCCAUAUGGCAGUCUCGGUCCUCUCGGUGCUCUGGCCAAACAUUUAGUUGACUAUCAUUAUUCUGUCAUGUACUAUGGAUGGUGGUUGACUUGGGUCAUUCAUGUGUGUGAGGCUCUUUAUGCGCUAAAGGUUUGCAGUGAUAAAGGCAUUGACAGCACGUCAGCACGUUUGAUGUGGUUUGGUCAGACCUUCUUGUUUGGUAUCGCAUCUCUGAGUCUUCUGCUCAAAUACAAGCCUGACACUCGAUCCAAACAGCAGUGACCAGUGACAGAAUUGCAAAAGAGGAUACCUCAUAUUCCAGAUGAAGACAACAGAAGCACAUUUUCUGAUAAAUCUCCAUGAAGAAUGAUGACUGAGACCUAGAACACAGCAGCUGAACAGUAGAGGUUAUAUAUUAAGAGUAUUUCUGUGUGGAAAUCUUGUUCUGAAACAGCCUUGUUAUCCUCGAAACUUAUCACAUCCAUCUGAGACCUUGCAAGUUUCGACGAGUCUAAAUGAGUUUUCUGUGGUAAUCAAUAUUAUGCCACAAAUGCUGUUAAGAUGUAUUUGACCAGGAAGAUUCCUUUAAGUGCUCUUAGUUAAUGUUGGUGCUGUAUGUGUCCACACUAAUCCAUUUUGACUCAACAUUUGUGCCUCUCAUCUACACUGGAACGGCCUUUUCCUCCACCGAAAAUGGAGACUUUUGAAAAUGCUCUCCAUAACAGUGAUUCGUAUCGCCUGUUUUCUGUUUCUGGUCUCAAGACGCAAUGUAAAACUAACCGAAAUGAGCAAUCCAGAUGGAGAACAACAACCAUUUAGUUUUAUUUGGAGUAAAAGUUAAUUUCACGCUCAACUUGUGCAGUAGUUGGCUGUCAUAAUUCAAAGUAAUGAUAUCAACGUAACUAAUCUCGGACCAUCGCUUCAUGUCAUCUAUAUACUCAGAUGAGGCACUGUAAAAACAAAACGGUCAUCUUGAUUCUGUGAAGUAGAGCCAUAUGUUUUUUGACUAUAUCUACAAAUGUAAUACUUUACCCGCUAAGAUUAUACGCCGAUGCGGGUGAAAACACUGGAGACCGGAAACUGAAAACAGGCGAAUCUUCGUCCAGGAAAAAGCUUGAUGUUCGGAAACUGAAAACGGAGGUUUCAAACUUUAGAUCAGUGUUGAUGUGGACAAAGUAGUAGACUGUCUUUGAUUCUGAACUCAAACACUAAACAUUCCUGAUAAAGAAUGCAAAAUCUACAGUAUUUACAGUUCAAUCAUUAUAUUUCAUUUCCAGAUUUUUUUAUUUUUUAUUAUUAAAAUGUAAACGUGUGAAGAUGGAGUGGUUUGAAACCUUGAUUCUUUUAAAACAAAUAAAGCUGUGAGUGAUUUGAA